AGUCAAUGUACUAGCUAUAACUCCAGAGUGCUUGUGUGCACCACGCUCUACAUCUUAUUUCUUCAUCUGUUUCUUCUUUUUCUUCCGUAAUUUUCCGGGUCGGGUCACUUCUGACCCGUUUCCUUUUCGACCAUACCCGAAUUCUUUCUCCAUGCAAGUGCAAUUCAGAACUCGGGUCGUUUCAUUUUCAGGAGUUAACCAUUUACUUGCCCGAAAACACCCCUUACCUGUUCAAGUUCAAGAUUUGUCUCAAACCCUAAAAAUGGUGACUGAAUCGGGUCAUUCAAAAAGAUCCAUGUGCCUAUCAUGCUCAAAACCGACCCGUUUUUGUCUCUGCACUAGAUUGAAGACCCCAUGUCUUGAAAACUCUGUGAGGGUAACAAUUCUUCAACACAGUUUAGAAAAAAAUCACCCUUUAAAUUCAACAAGAAUUGCUUGUAUAGGCCUGAAAAAUUUGUGUGUAAUUUCAGUAUCUGAUGUUAAUUAUGAAGCUAAGUUUAUCAUACAUUUGCUCAACUCAAAUCUUGAAAUGAGUUCUCAAAAUUUGGAUGAAAAUAGUAGCAUAAACAUUAAAGAUUCCAACUUUGAUAGUAAUUCUGCUGUUUCUCUAUAUAAAGACUCCAACUUUGAUAGUAACUCUGCUGUUUCUUUUACCAUAGAGAAGUAUGGUACAAUUUGUUCCUUUCAAAAUCAAGAUUUCAGUAAUUUGUUUGGCUCCAGUGCUUCUAUUGAUGAUAUUCGAAAAGGGUUUUUAGUAAAAAAGUUACAGAGAAAGCCAUUGGAUCAAGAAUUGAAGGAAUUUGAAAUUACAGUUUCUCCAGGAUCAGUGCUGUUAUUUCCAAGUGAGAAUUCAAUUGGCAUGGAAGAGAUAGAUUUUGAAGUGAAGAAUUUGAUUGUACUUGAUGGUACAUGGGCAAAAGCAAAGAGAAUGUAUAAUGAGAAUCCUUGGUUGAAGAUGUUGCCACAUGUGAAGUUGGAUGUAGAGAAGCUAAGUUUGUAUAGUGAAGUGAGGUGUCAACCUAAAGCUGGAUAUUUGUCUACCAUUGAGAGUAUUGUAUAUGCUUUGAAGGGUGUUGGUGAAGAAGAUUGUGAGGGAUUGGAUAAUUUGUUGGAUGUGUUUGAGUCCAUGGUUGGAGAUCAGAGGAGAUGCAAAGAUGAGGGAUUGAAGCAAAGAGUCUCCAAUUGUGACUACCGUUACCCAGAAUAUCUAUUUGCAGCCAUUAAGCAGUGGUUAAAUUUGGAUUAUGCCAAUCAGAAAAAACAGAUUACUUUCAAAAAUAACAAGUUGAAGAAUGGAAGAUCAAAGAUGGGUUUCCUUAAUCAGGUUGAAGAAUGGAAGAUCAAAGAUGGGAACUGCUUGUUUUUGUGUGUAAUUUCAGUAUCUGAUGUUAAUUAUGAAGCUAAGUUUAUCAUACAUUUGCUCAACUCAAAUCUUGAAAUGAGUUCUCAAAAUUUGGAUGAAAAUAGUAGCAUAAACAUUAAAGAUUCCAACUUUGAUAGUAAUUCUGCUGUUUCUCUAUAUAAAGACUCCAACUUUGAUAGUAACUCUGCUGUUUCUUUUACCAUAGAGAAGUAUGGUGCAAUUUGUUCCUUUCAAAAUCAAGAUUUCAGUAAGUUGUUUGGCUCUAGUGCUUCUAUUGAUGAUAUUCGAAAAGGGUUUUUAGUAAAAAAGUUACAGAGAAAGCCAUUGGAUCAAGAAUUGAAGGAGUUUGAAAUUACAGUUUCUCCAGGAUCAGUGCUGUUAUUUCCAAGUGAGAAUUCAAUUGAAAUGGAAGAGAUAGAUUUUGAAGUGAAGAAUUUGAUUGUACUUGAUGGUACAUGGGCAAAAGCAAAGAGAAUGUAUAAUGAGAAUCCUUGGUUGAAGAUGUUGCCACAUGUGAAGUUGGAUGUAGAGAAGCUAAGUUUGUAUAGUGAAGUGAGGUGUCAACCUAAAGCUGGAUAUUUGUCCACCAUUGAGAGUAUUGUAUAUGCUUUGAAGGGUGUUGGUGAAGAAGAUUGUGAGGGAUUGGAUAAUUUGUUGGAUGUGUUUGAGUCCAUGGUUGGAGAUCAGAGGAGAUGUAAAGAUGAGAGAUUGAAGCAAAAUGUCUCCAAUUGUGACUAGAAUUUAAAUGGAUGUUCUUAAAUUCACUGAACUUUGUUUGGAUUACUAGUUGAGAUUAUCCGAGCCUCUUUUCAGAUGAGCAUGCUGGUACUAGGAUUGUUAAAUUUGUGUUGUAUUUUGUACUAGUGUACUUUUAUGAUUCUUGUUGCUUUGUAGCAGCUAGCAGUUAAUAGUCUUUAGUGUGUUAAUGAACACUCUUUAUUAGUGCUGUGAUAAUUCAGACAACAAGAA